CCGGUUGUGCGGAGUGUGUAUGUGUGUGAAAGUGCAGUGAAAUUAUGUUAAAAUAUCAAGUGUUUUUAGUGAUAAAUUUAGUGUUUAAGUGAAAAGUGUGUGCAUUCAUGCAGCGGUUUUCCCAUAAUGGCUUUGGAUUUACGCCUGCACUCUCCUGCAGGCGCAGAACCUGUUGUUUAUACAUGGCCCCUCACUUCAGGUCAUGGUUCGGACAAACACGAUGGGGCUCUGGAAAUAGUAGAUACAAUAAGGUGGGUAUGCGACGACGUGCCGGACAUGAAGGCCGCCCUCGAGAACAACAUCCUGAGCGACUACGACACCCACUCGUACGAGAGCAUGCGAGCUCUCUGCGACCGCUACAACCGCGCCAUCGACUCUGUCGUCGCAUUGGAGAAGGGGACAUCACUGCCAGUACAGCGUUUAAACAAGUAUCCAUCUCGAGGGCUGCUAAAACACAUACUCCAGCAGACGUAUAACCAAGCCGUCGCAGACCCGGACAAGUUAAAUCAAUACGAGCCCUUCUCACCGGAGGUAUACGGUGAGACGUCAUACGAGCUGAUAGCUCAGAUGAUCGAUCAGAUCGACAUCACAUCGGAGGAUGUGUUCGUGGAUCUGGGCUCGGGUGUGGGGCAGGUCGUGCUGCAGAUGGCGGCCGCGACCCCCUGCCGGAUCUGCUUCGGUGUUGAGAAGGCGGAGGUGCCGAGUAAAUACGCGGAGUGUAUGGAUUCAAACUUCAAAAUGUGGAUGAAGUGGUAUGGCAAGAAGUAUGGAGAGUAUAAAUUAAUAAAGGGCGACUUUCUGAUGGACGAGCACAGAGAAAAGAUAAACGCCGCGACGAUAGUGUUCGUGAACAACUUCGCCUUCGGGCCCCACGUGGACCAUCAGCUCAAGGAGAGAUUCGCGGACUUGAAGGACGGAGCCAAGAUCGUGUCGUCCAAAAGCUUUUGCCCACUCAACUUUAGGAUAACGGACAGAAACCUCAGCGACAUCGGCACGAUCAUGCACGUCAGCGUCAUGUCGCCGCUGAAGGGCUCCGUGUCGUGGACGGGGAAGCCAGUCUCUUACUAUUUACACAUUAUAGAUAGGACCAAAUUGGAGAGAUAUUUUCAAAGACUGAAAAAUCCGAAACUCAAGGUCAGCAAAAGGGGCGCGGCCGAGGAGGAGGGCAAGCGCAACCUGAGCGCGCCGCCGACGCGGCAGCCGACGCCCGACCUGCUCAACGGCAACAGCAACCACAGCUCCGCCUCGCUGCCCGAGCGCCGCCGCAAGGUCACCCGGCCCCGCGCAGUCAGGGGCGAGGCGGGGCGGACGCGCGCGCGCGCGGCGGCGGCCAAGCGGCGCGUGGCGGCGCGGCGCUCGAGCGACGACAGCGACGACGACUCGUCCGCCACCGACGACGCGCCCGGCCCCGAGCCCGCGCCGCGCGAGUGGGGCGCGCCCUGGGCCUCCAGCUCCGACUCCAACCGCAGCCGGCGCGGCGCGAGCAAGCGCAGCGCGUCGCUGGGCGGCGCGCGGCGGCGGGCGGCGCGCAGCAGCAAGCGGCGCCGCGCCGCGCCGCAGGCCAUCGCCGGCCUCGACCUGCUGCACGACACCACCCUCGCCUCCACCGAGCGCAGCGGCGCGGAAACGGCACCGCCGCCAGGCUGCGUCGGCCAGCGCCUGUCGGCCCUGGGCGGGCUGCAGUCGGCCGAGCGCCUGCACUCGGAGCUGGACAUCCCGCGCUCGCCGCACACGCCCUACAGCUUGCAGCUGCUGCUCGACAUGUUCCGCGACCAGUACCUCGCCUUCAUACAGCGCAUGAACUCGCCCGAGUUCGCCCACGAGAUCCGGCACCAGAUCGACAAGGAGAAGGAGCGUAACCAAAGGCUAAAAUCGCGCGCGUCGCAACUCGACAAACAGAUCAACGUGCUAAUAAGCGACAGCGUGGCGCUGCUGAAGGCGCGCAUGACGGAGCUCGGCAUCCACGCCAACAACACCGUGGACCUGCUGGCCAAGGCCAAGGAGAUCGUCGGCCGCCACAAGGAGCUGCAGAGCAAGGCCAGCAAGCUGCAACACCAGGUGAACAAUAUAGAGGCGGAACAGGCUAUGCUCGUUAAACAACGGACUUUUGAAAUAACAGAAAAGUAUCGCCAAUUAGGCCACAUACCACCUGAUAUCGAGAUCACCCAAAACAUAGCGCACGACUGCAUACUCAGAGAGAUAACGGCCACGCUAGCUCACCGGAAGAGGUUGCAAGCUCAAGUCGGACAUUUACAAGGAGAAAUAAUCCAAAUGGAAAGAGCGAGCGAGCAUCAGAAGGUGAACGCGCCGUCCGUUCCCGUUGCUACUGUGAAGCCCCACACGGUGAACUCGAAGCCCCGCAAGUCCCGAGAGCACCGCUCGCGCUCGCAGGAGUGGCCCGACGUGCCCGACAUGGGCAAGAUAGAGGAGCAAAACCCGGAGCUGCUGGCGCAGAAGAUACUGGAAACCGGACGGCAGAUCGAGGCGGGCAAGAAGACGCCGAACGUGGUCGUGAACGGAUACCUGCGCGAGGAGCGCGGCGGCGGCGGCGGCGGGGGCGUGUCCCCGCGCGCGCGGCCGCUGCACCGCGCGCCGCCGCAGCCGCCGCGCCCCGCGCGCCCGCGCUCGCCCGCCAAGCCCGGCAAGCCGCUCAACGUCGUCGGCAAGGUGCAGGAGUCCCCCAAGGUCAUCAACUUCGAAGACCGCCUCAAGAGCAUUAUCACCUCCGUGCUCAAUGAGGAUCAGGAGCAACGUAAAGCGUCACGGCAGCCGCCGACUCCAAAUCAUGCGUAUAGUAACGGCUACGUGCGGCAGCCGGCGCAGCAGCCGCACCCGCAGCACGGGCAGCACGCGCAGCACGGGCAGCACGCGCAGCACUCCCCGCACGGGUACCCGCGCGCGGCCGCGGCGGCGCCCGGCUUCCCGCGCUCGCGCGACUACCGCCGCGAGCGCUACUCGCACGCGCACUACGAGCGCCGCGCGCACCCGGAGCGCGACCUGCGCCACCAGCCCGACUACACGCAGGUAUCGCCAGCGAAGCUAGCAUUGCGGCGUCAUCUGUCGCAGGAGCGCCUGGCCGCGCCGGCGCCGGCGCGCACCAUCGGCGACCUGGUCAACGGCGAGAUCGAGCGCACGCUCGAGAUCUCCAACCAGAGCAUCAUCAACGCCGCCGUGCACAUGUCCGCGCGCUACCAGGACCCGCCGCACCAGCCGCACCAGCCGCUCGAAGGUCUAGCGGCGUGCCUGCAAGCGCGCGUGCUGGCGUCGGAGUACUGGCGCGGGCGCGGCGGCGGCGGCGGCGGUGGAGGCGGCGGCGGUGGCGGCGGCGGUGGCGGCGGCGGUCCCGGCGGCGGCGGCGGCCCCGGCCCCGGCGGCGCGCCCGACGACGAGCGCCGCCGCUCGCCGCCGCCCGACCCGCACUCCAACACCUCCACGCCGCUCGUCGACGAGCUGCCCGACGCGGCGAGGCCCAACGAAGGCGAAGGCGGCGAGGAGGUCGAGGAGAGCAAGUGGCAGGACCGGAUAGACUUUCGCUUCGACCAGAUAAUAUCGUUCGCGUCCACCGCGAUCGAGGACAAGCGGCGGCGGUCGGACGAGGCGUACAACACGUCGCCCGACUCCGGCAUCGGGCACGGCGCGGCGCCGCCGACGCCCGCGCCGGCGCCGGACGCGCGCGCCGCGUCGCCGCCGCCGGCGCAGGCGCAGGCGCAGGCGCACCACUUCAAGAAGCGCUUCUUCCGGCGCGAGCGCUGGGACGCGUGGUCGGGCGCGCCGCCGCCCGCCGCCGUGGACUGGGAGCGGCCGGCGAUGUGACGGCCGCGCACCUAGCGCUGCCUGGAGUGCCGCUUCGUGCACCCGUGCCCGGCACCGGCCCCGUGACUCGUCGGCGCCGCGCCCGAGGUCGGCCGCUCUCGUGCCGGCCGUCACGGUUUUUCUUUUGUUAUUUUUUCGAAUAUAUUAUAAUGUAAUUAUGUAUAUUAUUGAGUUUAUCUUAUGUUUAAGAAUUGUAAUUAUAGUAAUUAUAAGAUUUAUAAGUUUACACGGCCGUUCCAUUCGGGCGCUUUGUAGGUCGACGGCACCUUGACGGAUCGUAUUUCAUGUGUUCAUUUAGGUCCUAGAUUCUGAAAUACGCGGUUCGCUAGUGAUGCGGCGGUCGUUCUUUCGCCGAUCAUUCGAAGAAUGUUUGUUGUUUUAUGAGUUUUAUUUUUAACGUUACGGAUGGCUCAGUCUGAAUAAUGUUAAUCAUUUCUUUGGGGAAUCUUAAGAAAUAGUGUGGUAUCGAUAGCGAGUUGUACAUAUUAUGGACGUAGAUUAAUGUAAGUGAUGUAUGUGAAGGAUCAUUGUGUAGUCUCGUUUGAUGCAUGUAGUACUGACAACUGACUGGCGCCAAAUACUGACUGAAACUGCAUUUGUUGCCUUAGUCGCAUUCGUAAUAUUAUUUAUUACACUGCGACGACGUUAAUUUUUUGUUAAAUCUACAAAGAAAGAAGCAAUAAAUUACGCGAAUUAGGUUUUUGUAUUAACACGAUACGGGUCGACUAGAAAAUUAGUUAUAUGUCAGCGCAAUUAAAAAUAAAACUAGCUUGUAUUAGCUUUUAAAUAGGAUUAUGAAGUACUCUUUCACCCAAAAGUUUCUUAGCACUAGCCUGGGUGGCCUGACAUCAUAACUGUGAUCUUUUAUAUACGAAACUGGGUCAGAAUCUAAACAUGAUUAACUGUAAUAAGCCGGCAGCAACAUUUUAGUACUUUUCAUUGUGUGUGUACGUAUACGGUGUUUUUAACAGCUGAAGUAGCAUUAUAGGGUGCUUUUUUAUUUAUUUUUUCUUACUUAGUAGGAUUAUUACGUACGUCUAAAUUGUAUAGUGCCAAAUGAUCAUGUGGUCUUUUAGAAAAUAUUUAAUUUUUUGUAAGAUAAAAUAUACAUUUUAAAUUGAUUUUGUUAAUUUUGCAUGGUAACGCACAAUUUUACUGGGUUUGAUUUUUUUAAAUGCUGCUCUACAAAUCGUGGCUACAUUGUUUUAACAAUAUUUUAAACUAAUGACAAGCUAUAGCUUCGUUCUUUCACUGGAUCGGGUAAAUACAUCAUUAGAUGCGUUAAAAUGUUAACACAAACAAUCUUCGCUCGCAAUUCCUAGAAUAAUAUUAUACAUUUUAGACACGCCGUUGCCACGGCUAUGAAGCGCGUAAGGACUUUUCACCAUCAAGGAACUACCGUUUUUAUACCCUCAAUGCAAACUAGUCUACACUAGUAAUGAUUUAGAUUUUAGACCGCGAAUCAGACGUAUCAAUUAGACGAAAUGUUCCGAAACCCAUAUUGUUCAAUAGGUAAGGGAAUCCCAGAAGUAAGCGGAUAAACCUAAGUGUUCAUGUCUGCAUAAGUUCAUUAUUUUUUGUAGUUUAUUAAUGUACCUGCCUAAAUGGAUUUUAGUACCAUUGACGUGUGUUUUUCAUAUGGCUGGUACACAUUUUAAUGUUCUUUAUGAGUUAAAGUAUAGAAUUGGGAUAAGUUAUAUUUAACUGAAAUGUAUAUAAAAAGAAAGCUACUCACUGCCAUCAUCGGGUAUUAGGAAAAUAGUUAAUUAUUUAGGAGAAUUAUAAUUUACUAUCUUGUACUUAUUUCUGGGACAACCCCAAAAAUAGAUCGGCUAGCAAAUUUAUUUUAGUGUAGAUGUACAAUGUAUACAACUAUUUUCAUAAAUAAAUAGGAGAUAUGAGCGAUUUGUAGUUGCGGGUUGAUAUAAAAGAUGAAGUCGGUAUAAUGCCAGGCAAUAUUGCACAUAUAAAGCAUACCUGUUCACAAACAGUUCACACUUAUUUUACUUAAUUGAAUCUCCUUGCUGAUAUUAAAACAAAUACAUAUUUUCCUAAUAAAAAUACUUUAUUGACGUUAAUCUUGUCUCCGCGUAAGAACUUAAAAACAAUACAAGUAGGUAAUACGCGUGUUAAAUGUUUAUGAACAGGUCGCGUCCACACUGCUUUUUCGGCUCCGAGUCGUGCACCGAACACAAACACGGCGCCUUGCGGCGGUCGACGUUCGGUGGACGUUCUCACUUUAAGCGCUAGGCCAUGGAUCAAACUAAACGGACAGACACAAUUAAGUAAUUUCGCCCACUUGGACUAAUCCGCCUUCUAGAAUUAAGAGUUCCAUACUGGAAGAGAUGUCUAGCAAGCGAAAUAUUUUGUAAAUCUAAUAUUUUGAUAGAAUUCUGCGAGUUUAUGUAACAAUGGGAUAGGUAGUUUUUGUUAUAACAUUCUUGACAAAACUAACCUUUAUUAUAUAUAUAUGUUAUACCAUUGUGUAGCAUAUUCAUUUCGAAAUUCAGAAGUUGUUUUAUUACUUCAUUGAAUUCAAUUGGAUGUGCACCUUUAAUUUACCUAUUGUUACAGGUAAAAAUUGCCACAACACUGUUGUGUGAUGUUAUGGGUGAUUAUAGUAACAUGUACAUUGGUAAUAAUCAGAGACCAUGAACGAUAUUGGGCUUAGUGAAUGAGAUUUUCAAGAUUUAAUGUUUGUAAUACAGAAACGACUCUUAUAUUACACGCUACAAGUACAGCUGUAAAAUAUUUGGUGAUAAUCUGUUUUUCAGGUGUCGUUUUUGUAUUUUGAGCAUUGGACUGCACUGGUUUGAUUGUGCCUGAAAACUCAUUAAUGCCGCUCCAAACCUCAAAAUUAUGUAUUUGAAGAAUACUUUAGUGUGUUGUAAGUUAGUGUUAUGUCAACAUGUGUUGACCAAUUAUACUCUCAGAGAGUGAUAACAUUAUUCAGGAUUGGCUAAGUUUUAUUUUUUGAUGGGGAAAUGAGCUAUUGUGUGAGGUCAUAGUGUCUAAAAUAGUACAAAUGAGAAGACUUAUUGUGGUAAGGCUCGGACUAUUCAACAUUGCAAAUGCUAGGUUUGAGAUGUAUCCCUGUGUACUAGUUUUAUUUUGUACUAAAAGUUAAAAUAAAUUAAUAAUUAUACUCA